CGGAGACGUUGCUUCAUACUGCAUUACUGCGCUUGUCGGUCUAAUUUAUUUCCGCGUCCUUCUUCGGAUUUCAAUUUGGAUUCCUCAGUUUUGCUGGAGUAAGUAAUUGGAAUCCUUGCGCGCUGAAUUGCUGCUCGGGUGAUCCUGAUCUGACUUCGCGGCGAAAAAAUAGAUCAAACAAAAAUGGCGCUGUUUACACCGAAAAAUAUCCUCAUUACCGGGGCAGCUGGAUUCAUUGCUUCUCAUGUUGCUAAUCGGCUUGUUCGAAACUACCCUGACUACAAGAUUGUUGUGCUCGACAAGCUUGAUUACUGUUCAAAUCUCAAAAAUCUUCUUCCCUCGGACUCUUCAGCCAACUUCAAGUUUGUCAAGGGCGACAUUGCCAGCGCCGAUCUUGUGAACUACCUUCUCAUUACUGAGAACAUCGAUACGAUCAUGCACUUUGCAGCCCAAACUCAUGUCGACAAUUCUUUUGGCAACAGUUUCGAGUUCACCAAGAACAAUAUUUACGGCACUCAUGUCCUUCUGGAGGCUUGCAAAGUUACCGGCCAGAUCAGAAGGUUCAUUCAUGUCAGCACAGAUGAAGUCUACGGGGAGACCGACGAGGAUGCUGUUGUGGGAAACCACGAAGCUUCGCAGCUCCUUCCGACUAACCCCUACUCAGCUACAAAGGCAGGGGCUGAAAUGCUUGUUAUGGCGUAUGGGAGAUCUUACGGAUUGCCGGUGAUCACUACGAGAGGAAACAACGUUUACGGUCCUAAUCAGUUCCCCGAGAAGUUGAUCCCCAAGUUCAUCCUUUUGGCGAUGAGAGGAAAAACUCUUCCAAUUCAUGGCGAUGGUUCUAACGUGCGGAGUUACCUUUACUGCGAGGAUGUUGCCGAAGCAUUUGAAGUGAUUCUUCACAAGGGAGAAGUCGGUCACGUGUACAACAUUGGGACGAAGAAGGAGCGAAGGGUCAUUGAUGUUGCCAAGGACAUUUGCAAGCUUUUCAACAUGGAUUCCGACAAGUGCAUCCAGUUCGUUGAGAACCGGCCCUUCAAUGAUCAGAGAUACUUUCUCGAUGAUCAGAAGCUGAAAAAUUUGGGUUGGUUCGAAAGGACCACGUGGGAGGAGGGAUUGAAGAAGACGAUGGAGUGGUACACGAGCAAUCCGGAUUGGUGGGGCGAUGUGUCGGGCGCUCUUAUUCCUCAUCCUAGAAUGUUGAUGAUGCCCGGAGGAAUCGAGAGGCAUUCGGAUGGAGCUGAAAAGUCUGCCACCGAAGGGUCCGUUGGGAAUUCUAAUCCGCCGAAAAUGUUGGUUCCUGCUACCAGAAACAGCCCUUCGUCUCAGAAAUCAUCGUCACCCUUCAAGUUCUUGAUCUACGGGAGAUCAGGGUGGAUCGGCGGUUUACUGGGGAAAUUGUGCGAGAAACAGGGGAUUCCGUACGAAUAUGGAAAGGGUCGGCUCGAGAACCGAUCAUCAUUGGUGGAUGAUAUCCUCGCUGUUAAGCCGACGCACGUUUUCAACGCUGCCGGUGUAACAGGCAGACCCAAUGUCGACUGGUGUGAAUCUCACAAGACCGAGACGAUUCGCACCAACGUUGCCGGCACAUUGACCCUGGCAGACGUGUGCCGAGAGCACGGUCUUCUGAUGAUCAACUACGCCACCGGGUGUAUAUUUGAAUACAACGCGACGCACCCGGAAGGUUCUGGAAUCGGGUUCAAGGAGGAAGACACGCCGAAUUUCAUCGGUUCAUUCUACUCGAAGACCAAAGCUAUGGUUGAGGAGCUUCUGAAAGAAUUUGACAACGUGUGCACGCUCCGUGUCCGGAUGCCAAUCUCGUCGGACCUCAACAACCCGCGCAACUUCAUCACGAAGAUCUCCCGUUACAACAAGGUCGUGAACAUCCCCAACAGCAUGACCAUUUUGGACGAGCUGCUCCCCAUUUCGAUUGAGAUGGCGAAGCGCAACCUGAGGGGGAUAUGGAACUUCACGAACCCGGGAGUCGUCAGCCACAAUGAGAUCUUGGAGAUGUACAAGGAUUACAUUGACCCGGAAUUCAAAUGGGCCAACUUCACACUGGAAGAGCAGGCGAAGGUCAUCGUUGCGCCCCGAAGCAACAACGAAAUGGACGCGUCGAAGCUGAAGAAAGAGUUCCCGGAGUUGCUAUCGAUCAAGGAGUCGCUGAUCAAGUACGUCUUCGAGCCCAACAGCCGGAAAACUGCUGCUGCUGCAUAAGGUAUCUCAACAUGCUGAUCUGAUCUUUUAAGUUUUGGCUGUGGUUCUUAUGAUUUAUGAUUUAUGAUUUAUGAUUUAUGGAAUGCAAUAAUUUGUGAUCUGAAAUUGCUUGUCUCAUUAGCAUAUAUUGAAUUUGAUUCUUGAAAUAUUUGUUGGAAUUGAUCUGAUCUGAUCGAUUAGCUGUUUGAAGUGAUGAUGAUCUCAUCUGAUCUGAUCUUUAGGAAGUGAAAAACAUUUGUUAUUGUGUAAACAUUGACGAUGAGUUAGUUAACUAGAGUUUUGUUAAA